AUGAACGAACGUAUCAUGGCCGACGGUGAUGAUACCUCGGCUACUUCUGGUUCACUAUUCGAGAGGUGGAUGCGAAGCAGACGCGGUUCCACAGGGGAAGUAGAGGUCAAAUCUGAGGAUCCUAAGCUCACUAUUGAGGAAGAGAGUAAUCCUAUCACUUAG